AAGCAGGAAGCUCAUGGCUCCUGCGUAAAAACAUGGCGCUGCCCUCCCGCAUGGUGCUGUACGGCCGCUUAGCAGGCCGGAGUGCAGGCGCGCUGCUGCUCGCUUCUCAUCGAGGGACAGACGGGCUCUCCCGGAGAUCUUAUAUCAACAACAGUACGCAAAACCAGCUGCAGUUUAAGCUGGACGAGCGGACGGCCCACAGCAGUCUUGACCUCUUCAAGAAAGACACCGGUGUGAUCUACCGCAUACUAGGCCUUGACCCCACCCACGUGCAGGACUCUCCUCUCCGAUUCCGAGACUGGGCCGUGGUGCUUGCCGACAGCCACAUCGAAUCUGGGCGCUAUUACUGGGAGGUUACGGUAAAAAAGUCUGACGAGUUCCGCUUGGGAGUUGCCGAUGUUGCAACAUCACGUGAUGAGUGCAUUGGCACGAACUCCUCCUCCUGGGUGUUUGCUUACCUGCAGAAGAAAUGGUACGCCAUGACCACGAAUAAGCUGGUGCCUGUGACGCUGGUGGGGAAGCCUGAUCGAGUCGGCCUGCUUCUAGACUUUGAGGAAGGCCGGCUCAGCCUAGUGGAUACCCAGACAGCCAAGGUGGUCCACACGAUAAAGACACAGUUCCGCACACCAGUCAGCCCUGCUUUUGCGCUGUGGGAUGGAGAAAUACUCACACAUUCUGGGUUAGAAGUGCCACCAGGGCUUUAAUCCUAACACUCGCUCAUAGCCAUCACCUUUCUCUUUAAAGAAUACUCCAGUGUUAUUCAACUCAGUCGAUGUCAGUCCCAUCUGAACAGUACCAUACUACUCUACGGAUAGUUUUGACAAUUUUUUCGGUACUUAAAAAAAGCACUGAAGCUCACUGAUUUGAAAUUCGCUAAUAGAACUCACAAGGCAGUGGCUAAAUUCUGUGAAUUCUGUGAGUAAAAUACAGGACUAUAUCAUGCAGGCUUGAAAAGCUCCACCCUCAUCACUUCACUGAUAAUGUAUUUCCAUAAAUUCUUCUCUCAAAAAAUCUAGUCCCAUCUCUGAAGGAAUUAAUUAUACAGAUUAAUAGCUUAAUUUACAGUUACCUUUGACUGAAGAGUUCUUGUGUGCUACAAAAAAGUUGUCACAUAAACAGUUAGCCUACUGAUGGAAUUCAACAGCUGCCCAAUGGAUUCUGUUAUAAAUAUUUCUGGAGUACAAGGACAUUCUUUGCAAUUAUUGUCCAUGAUAGUCUCUUAUGCUACAGAUGUAGCAGAUGGACAUUAAAUGUAUUGACAGUUAAUGUAUCUACAUGACAAUAUAGAAUGACCAUCCCAAAGGAAAGCAGUACCUCAGGACUGUCUUGCAAGAUAAUUCUACACUAACUGAAGAACAAAAUUAAGCAGCUGAACUAGCUAGCUCUCCUAAUCUUACAGUUGCAGCAACCAUAAACUCUAUUUUGAACAAAUGUGAUGAAAAUGCUGGUGAACUGUGGGACUGAUGGGACGGAGUGUGUUAUGAAUUAAUGUGCUUACUUGAAACAUUAAUAAGCUUGAUAUUUUCCAUCAUUUGUAUCUUGUGUUACCAGCUAGGUCCAGAUAUGCAAAUUUAAGUGAUUUGAGUGGAUGUGUAAUAAGUAUAUUAAAAUUCUGCUCAUGCAGUCUCUCGAUAUGCAUUUAUACUGUCAAGUGUUACGCAUGAACAAUAUUUUUCAAUAAAACAGAGAGACUCUU